AUGCCUGGCAUUCUGUCCCAUACCGGGCUUCUCGGAGGCAAAAUUUCAGGGGCGAGUUUGCAGAGUGGCGUGUGUGUCACUGCUGCUUCUGGCUUCCUGCUCUUUGGAUAUGACCAAGGCGUCAUGAGCGGCAUUAUAACUGAGCCCAGAUUCCUCCAGCAGUUCCCACAGAUGGAUCCUCAGAACAAGUCUGGUGCUAUCCAGGCAUUGGUUGUUGCAAUCUACGAGAUUGGCUGUCUGCUGGGAAGCGGACUGAUCAUUUUUGUUGGCGACAAGCUUGGAAGGCGCAAGUCGGUGUUGAUUGGCACCUUGAUCAUGCUGGUUGGAACGGCGUUGCAGGCGACUGCUUCUACACUUGGACAUAUGAUUGUUGGAAGAAUCGUCACGGGCUUUGGAAACGGAAUGAAUACUAGUAGUAUACCAGUAUGGCAGUCUGAGAUGGCUCCACCCAAGAUCCGUGGGUUCUUGGUUCUUUUCGAAGGCGCCCUGAUCACUGGCGGCAUCAUGAUCUCGUACUGGAUCAACUACGGCUUCUGGUUCGUAGAUCAAAGCUCAUUCCAAUGGCGUUUCCCAAUCGCCUUCCAGGCCGUCUUCGGUAUCAUGCUCAUCAUUGGAGUUCUCCUCUACCCCGAAAGCCCUCGUUGGCUAAUCAAGCAUGGAAAUCCCGAUGCCGCCAGAGAGAUUCUUGCUGUCUUGGAAGACAAGUCCCCCGAAGACCUUGUAAUCAUCGCAGACGUCGAGGAGAUGGACCGCGUAAACAAGAUUGUUUCUGCAAACAAGCUUACCCCGAAAGAACUCUUUAGCAACGGCAAAGAGAUGAAUCUUUGGCGUCUGAGCGUCGCGUGUCUCUCCCAGGCCUUUCAACAGCUGGGUGGAUUGAAUCUGGUCACCUACUAUGCCACAACCGUUUUCGAGGGGAGUCUACAGUUCGACGCUGAGCUCUCUCGACUUAUGACUGGCUUCCUAGGAACAGAAUUCUUUCUGGCAGCUCUAGUUGCCCUCUUCGUGGUCGAUCGACUGGGGAGGCGAGUCCUGAUGCUGUGGGGUGCCAUUGGCAUGGGAGUCUGCCUUUUGGUAGUCGGAACCUGUCUGUCACAAGCUACUCCUACGUACAAGGCGCCUGCGUAUAUUGCCACAGUGUUUAUAUUCAUCUACAACACAUUCUUUGCUAUAGGCUGGCUUGGCGUCACGUGGCUCUAUCCUGCCGAAGUUACGCCGAUCCGCAUCCGCGCAGAGGCGAACGGUUUUUCAACAUGCUCUAAUUGGUUAAUUAAUUACGCGGUUGUGCAGCUGGCACCGAUCAUGAUCAACAAAAUCGCAUGGAAGACCUACUUCGUCUUCAUGUGCUUCAACUUCUUCCACGUACCCGUUGUGUACUGGUUCUUCCCGGAGACGAAUGGCUACAAGCUCGAGGCCAUGGAUGCCAUCUUUGAAAAGGCCCACGAGACCGGCGAGAACCCCGUGUGGACGGAGCGAAGGGUGCGCAAGGGCAAGGACGUACUCGAUAUUGAGAAGCAUGAGAAUCACCCUGGAAGUGACAGCGAACCUGAGGGCGGCGUUCGCGGAGCAGAAAUUGAAAAGGAGGAGAUUAGGGAGGAACAUGCUCGCGAGUGA